CGGGAUAAAUUCAACGCUGAGAAUUAAGAUUAGGAUACAUUAUCAAGGCAGUACUGUACAGCAGGGGGGUUGGAAGCAAUCUAACCUACACACAUUACAGAAUACAAUACAAUACAGAAAUGUAUUGUACACGAAAAUGGUACAACCGGAGUUGUUUGAACGCAGCGUUUCCGGCAGUGCCUGAAGGCAUCAAACAGAUCUACUGAGCUAAUGAAGCUAGGUUCUGAAGUUCUGGGAAACGACAUUUACUUUGUAAAACGUCUUUAAAAGUAUUUAUUGGACUUAAUAGUCUGUACUGUUGAUAUUCACCGGCAUUAUAUUUGUAGUCAUUAGCAAGCUAUAUUAGUUAGCAAAGGCGCGGUAAAAUGGCCGCCAUUAGCUUCAUUCGCAUCUCUGAGCUACAUCCCAACUUUUCUCACGCUAAAGUCGUUGGCAUCGUCAUAGGAAAGUCUGAUAUAAGGAGCUUUCCUGACAGAAAAAAUGUUGGAACGGAGAGAUUCACUUUUAGCUUCACCAUCAAGGACUCUCCUGAUUUCUUCAUCAAUGUGACAGCUUGGGGAAAUGAUGGCUAUAUCAACGGGCUCUCUGGCAGUUUCACUAUUGGGGAUUGUGUCACCAUUGACAAUCCAUUAGUGGCCACCAAAAACCCAGACAAGGAGGACAAGUUCUGUCCAACAACACCAACGCCCUAUAGGUUGAUGGUGACAGAGGCUCACUCGCAGGUGUAUCUGUGUGUAGACACGGGCACCAUAGACAACCUGCUGCCACUGAUCCACCUGCCAGUUAAGGACUCCAGGGACUUCUAUUCUCUGGGAGACAUAGUGGCCAACGGGCAGAGUCUGGAAGGAUCAUUUCUAAAUAUACUUGCUGCUGUGAAAUCAGUUGGAGAGGCAAAACAGUUCAAGACAUCCUAUGGGCGCCAAGGACAAAGGCUGGAAGUGAAGCUUUUUGACGACUUGGUCUCCUCCUUCCCGCUCAUCUGUUGGGAGAGAGAAGCCAUUCAGCUUGUUCAGACUUUGGUAGCCAAAGGGACUGUGCUGUUCAUAGCCGAUACGAAGAUUAACUUUGACAGCUUCCGCAACGCAAUGACCGCGUCUGUCAACUCCAAAACUGUUAUCACUGUCAAUCCUGACACCCAAGAGGCCAGCUUGCUGUACAGCUAUGCUAAAGAGAUGGUAGAAUCUGGGGCACUGGAAGACGACAAGCCAGAGGAUAUACCAGUGGAGUCCAUUACUGACGUGUACACGGUUGGUCAACUGAAGCAGAAAUCGCAGGAAACUGCAGAGACGUUCUCCUGUAUCAUAUUCAGCUUCAUCUCCAAGCUCGACCUGGACUCUGGCGUUUCAAAAGUCAUCAAGACACGCUGCUCCAGAUGUAAGUUCCAGGUGCCCGAGGGCAUGCAGUGCUGCUUUAACCAGUUAUGUCCAGGGAGGGGUCAAGUCUUUUCAGCCACCACGGGCUUUGACCUGCUGCUGGACCUCACAGACCACACGGGCACCCUGCACGCCUGCAGCCUCAGAAGCCCAGUGGCUGAGACAACACUUGGCUGCACUACUGAAGAGUUUACCCGUUUGACUGACAAUGAACGCACUGCAAUGAAGUGGAAGAUUCUUUUGGAGAGAUGCAAAAUAUAUGUGAAGAUCUUCCCCUCCACAAAGACAAAGAGUGGGGUCAGAGUGGUUGUCUUGGCCUGCUCACUGGCUGACCCGGGUGAGGUGAAACAGCAAAUGGUGGCACUGCUGCAGCAGCCCUGAGCAGCACAGUGGAAGAUCUACUACAGAGACCGUUGGGAGUGGUUGACAUGCUCUACAGUAUUUAUUUAUUUAACUUUAUUUAUUCACUCAGUUGUUCAUCGGUUGAAAUAUUUCACCAGUUAAAUCAUCUGUUUUAUAAAGUUACCUUCAUCAU